GGAUAGGGAUAAGUAGGGAGAGCCACGGAGAGAGUGGGAAAUAAUUCGAACGACGCAACGACGAUGUGGGAGUCGCGCUGCUACUUUCGAGGAAACAGCAUCCUGAGGGAUAACACCUCGUGACAAUCGUUUUAGAUAACAGAAAGGCAGCCUAAUCGAGAUGUCGAGGCCAAUCCUUAGCAGGCCGCGCACAUUCAUCUACGGCAGCAACUACGACAAGGGCGAGUCCUAUUACAAGCCCAUGGUCGAUCACCUAGACCGGAAGUAUAGCUCGCGGCCGUUGUUCCCGGAGCCGAGAAACUCUCUAGCCGACGAGAUCGCGGCGCGCCGUAGCGACAUCGGAACGCGCGACCUCUCCGGUCCCCGCACCGGUUCCCUUGGCCGCGACCCUGACCUCGACCUCGACCCCCGUAAUCGCGCCUCCCAACUAUCGCCCUUGACCGACCCUCAGCUAGCCUUCGAUGAUGAGGACACCGUCUAUGACAGCCGUGGACAGCGCAUAUCGGCGCGUCGCAGGAUGGGCGAUGAGUUUGCGGACGAGGUGACGGCAACGACUCGUCGUUUUCGAGCUCGAGUGGCUGCGUUGAAUAUCGAGGACGAGCUCGAGGCCUCUACUGCCGCGAAUCAGGCGAAAAAAAGCCCCAGUGAUCUCCUGGAGAACGCGAUAACCGCCAGGAAGAGCGCCAAGCAGGCGAUCGAGGAUGUUGAAAGCACUUUUAAGAAGCGCUCAAAGCUUUUCGACGAGAUCGAUCGCGCCGACGAGAGUAAACCUAUGUUCUCCAGGUGGACUAAACUGAUCAACGAGGACGACGAUCUAAUAUCUGCUAGCGCAGCAGCCAGCCGAGCUAAACAGACGAAGGCUCGCCUCCACGAUCUCGAGUCAGAGAUGGAGGAGCUCGCCGAAAGGAAAGCCAAGAGGGAACGUAGAGCGGCAGCUCUCAAAGCGUUAGUCAACGAAACUGCCGCUGAUACCGAUAUCGUUCAACAAUCGUCAACCUCAAGUCAGUUCAGUAAGAAGGUGUCGGUACGCAGUGCCGAACGAGCGGAAAAGCACGUCAAUUUCUAGAUGAGAAGAAUCUUGCGAUCUAUUUUAAUUUUCACGACGGUGUUUUACAGCCGUAUAGAUAUAUCCUGAAGACUUCCGUUUUGUGAGCCGUGAAAGAGAAAUUUUAAUAUAAAGUCCGUCAUGAUUUUCAUGCGGAGAGAUUGUUUAGAAAGAUUUUUUUUUGGAAAAUGGAGCAGAAACUUUUAACAGUAACUUUUCUCGAUUCUUAUUAAAUGUUUUUAUCUUUUGUUAAAUUAUUCCUUAAAUAAUUGAAUAUAUAUGCCAAAAAAAUUUUUUAAUUAUUAUAAAAUAUAUAUAACAUAUAUAUUUUAUGCAAUAAUAUUUUUAAUUGAAAUUUUUGACUAUCUGUUGCAAUCUCACAAUUACAAUAUUACGACUAUAACGCUAAGACAUUAUUGUAUUUGAAUGUAUGACUAUAGAAUUUUUUUCCAGUAUAUAUAUAACAUUAAAUAACGAUCGUGUGCUUGCGUUCUUAGCGGUCGUGCAAUUACAAUGUGUCGUUAAUUUAUUUGUAAAAAGAACG